UACACAUGAAGUGGUUCAGCAUGAGCUCGUCGACGUUCAAGUCGCCGGUGUUCAUCGGCCUCCUGGCGGUGAUGUGCGUCGCCGUGGUGCUGUUGAUGCACCACUGCAUCCUAGUCACCUGCUGCAACGGCGGCGAGAGGAGGGGCAGGCGCGGCCGCCGUCUCGGUCCCAGCACGGAUCAGGACGCGGCGAGUGUCAGCGUGGACGAGCUAAGCUCGUCGUCGCGGGCGCAGCUGGUGACGAAGGCGGUGGUGUGCCGAUACAAGAAGGAUGAGGAGUGGGGUGAGCCGACUUGUCCGGUGUGCCUGGCGGACUUCGCCGACGGCGAGGCGGUGCGGGUGCUGCCGGAGUGCCUGCACUACUUCCACGCCGAAUGCAUCGACACCUGGCUCGGCGCCGGCAAAACCAGCUGCCCGAUGUGCCGCUCCGAGACCACGCCCACGCCGUCGCCAAGCCCCGCCGGGUCGCUCCACCACCAGCUCUCCCUCGACAUCUCCCUCGAAGACAUCCUUGUGCGCACGUAGCACCUUCUUUUUAAUUUGGAAGGAAAGCUAUAUGCAUGGUGGUAAAUUCUUAUUGGCAGAACUCAGCGAGGAAAAAAAGAUGAUGUUGUAUG